UGUUUCCUGGAGGGCACGGUGACAGUUGGGAACGGUAUUCACGUGUACCCGGAAAAGGUGUUGUGUUUUUGUGGUAGAUAAGUAGAUGCUAAGUGACAUAUCGUUUGAUUUAAUUCAGGUUCAAUAGAGACACUUCACAGGAGGAUAAUGUCGGAGCCGCUACUCCGUUGGUGUCAGGAUAAGCUGAUUCACAACUUUGGACUGGAUGCCAGUGAUGACAUCAUUCAGUACAUUUUAUCCAUUGAAAGUGCAGAGGAGAUUGAGGAGUAUGUAGGAGACUUGAUCCAGGGGACAGAUGGAAAGAAGCGGCAGUUUAUUUGUGAGCUGCUGGAGAGAUGGCAAAGGUCCCGCCAACGAGCCCCGGAAAUCGUACAGCUGUACCACAGAAACGAGGAGAUGGACACAGAGGUUUCAGAGACGAUGAGAGGCUGCGAUGCGCUGAAGAAAUCCAAACGGAAAGGGAGGAACAAACAGGAGACUGUGAUCUACACAGAACAAGCGCCUGGGCCAGAGGAGGUGAAGACACCCAUAGAUCUGGCCAAGGCACAGGAAAGCAGGCCCUCCUCCUCCUCCUCCUCCUCUAAGAAGAAGUUUGUGAGUCUGUAUGCGAAGGAAGGGCAGGACAAACUGGCGAUUCUCCUUCCAGGGCGCCACACCUGUGAGUGCCUGGCACAGAAACACAGACUCAUCAACAACUGCCUGACCUGCGGCCGCAUCGUCUGUGAGCAGGAGGGCUCGGGACCCUGUCUCUUCUGUGGCAGCCUGGUUUGCACUAAAGAAGAACAGGAGAUUCUCCAGCGGGACUCCAACAAAAGCCAGAAGCUUCUGAAGAAACUCAUGGCAGGAGUGGAGCGGGGCUGUGAGGGCUCUGAGAAGGAUGUCCUGCCCCACGAGGAGGCUCGCGUGCAGGCAGGGCUGGAGAAGGCCCUCCAGCACAAGGACAAGCUUCUAGAGUUCGACAAGAACAGCGUGCGUCGCACCAAGGUGAUUGAUGACGAAUCGGAUUACUUCUCCACGGACUCCAAUCAGUGGCUAUCGCAGGCGGAGCGCGAGGCUCUGAGGAAGCGGGGGGAGGAGCUACGGGAGCUGCGCCACGCCUCCCGCCAGGGCAGGAAGAUCACCUUCGACUUCGCCGGGCGUCAGAUCCUAGAGGAGGGGGAGAAGAUGACCGAAUACUACAGCAAGUUUGAUGACACGGUCCAUGCUCUGAACACUGGGUCCUUGGGACAGAGCUCCAAGCCAGCUGACUUCAGCCCCCGACAGCACCUGCGAGAGUUGGUGAACCCCAAUAUUAUUCAGGCUGCACCAGUGUGGGUGGACCCAAACGGCCCCGUCCCCCUCAGGAAGCCACAGAGCUCUCAGCUGAAGGGUACUCAGAGUGACCCCAGCGCCGAGCGUACCCGGCUGAGGAUCCAGGACAAGGAGCUGCAGGAGAUCGCUGACGACGGCUGGUGUCUCAGCAUGCACCAGCCCUGGGCUUCCCUGCUUAUCAAGGGAAUCAAGAGGGUGGAAGGUAGGACCUGGUACUCGUCUCACAGGGGUCGUCUGUGGAUCGCAGCCGCAGGGAAGAGGCCCACUCCACAGGAGAUCUCCCAGGUUGAAGCCUCUUACAGGACAAUGUACAAAAGAGUCCCUGAAUUUCCCAAAGAAUACCCUACAGGAUGCCUUCUCGGGUGUGUGAAUAUGGCAGACUGCCUGUCACAGGAGCAGUUCAGAGAGCAGUUCCCAGAAACCUGUGAGGAGUCUGCUUCUCCAUUUGUCUUCAUCUGUUCAAAUCCUCAGGAGCUGGUGGUUAAAUUUCCUGUGAAAGGAAAACACAAAAUCUGUAUCUUCUGAGUCGGUGAAAGUCAUGCAUAGUUCUUCUGAGUAUUUAAAGAGGAAACUGGAGCACCAUUACCAUCAAGGAGCCAGAAAGGGACUAAUGCGACAGACACAAGCUGUGUGAAAGAAAAGAAAACCAGUCCCGUCAUUGCCUCUCUCUUUCCCCCUUAUACUUUUUGCAGUCAGAAGGAAACAAAAUGAAUACAAAUUAUUGGAUAAUUCUCCUUCUUUUUUGCAUUGAUACAUAGAAACAUAUAUACUAAGUCUGAUUGCUGUGUUUGUUCUGUAAGUGAAGGCAGUAAUAAGCUAUACAAAAACAUUUACUGCUUUGGCCAUCUUUUGACCUUUGUCUAAUGUCCUGUUGGGCAUUGUAAAAUUGGGGAGAAAAUCAUGGAUAAAAUAAUUGGGCGCACUAAAUAAAAAAAAAAAAAAAAAACUCUAUGAAGCUGUUGGCAGUGUAUAUUUCUAAUCUUUUUUUGAGUUUCAAGGGAGGAAGCAUUAAAAAUGUUCUGCUUAUCAUUUGAAUAGUCAAAUUGUCCACGCUACAGAAUAGCAAACCACAGCAGGAUUUCAAUGGGGAAAGACUUUGGUAUGGCAACAAAAACACACAAUAAACAAGCAAUUUAUUCAA